UGCAUCACACCGAUUCCAGACCACCUCUUGGGGUGCUCUUUUUGGUUUUCUUUUCUGCCUUUCAGCAAAGACCUUUAUUUCCUCUCAUUUUCACAGAGUGGAAAAACUGUUCUGGCCAACGUUCUGACAGAAUCUUCUGACAUCACUGAAUACAGCCCAACCCAAGGAGUGAGGUUUGAGUCCUGCUGGCCAGCCCUGAUGAAGGAUGCUCAUGGAGUAGUGAUUGUCUUCAGUGCUGACAUCCCAAGCCACCGGAAGGAAAUGGAGAUGUGGUAUUCCUGCUUUGUCCAGCAGCAGUCAUUACAGGACACACAGUGUAUGCUAAUUGCACACCACAAACCAGGCUCUGGAGAUGAUAAAGGAAGCCGGUCUCUGUGUAAGGAAACUGGAAUUUCUCUUCCUCUUUUGUCUUGAACGUUUUGGACACCUACAUAUUGCCCCAUGUCCUAGAAACCAGCAGCUCUGUCCAGUUA